UCUGGAUUCGGAUGGUGGGGCGGGUCUAGUGCAGCAAGGAUCUUGUUGAAAGUUGAAACUUGAGGAAGGUGCGGCCCUCGGGCGAGGAGUCGGACCCUGUCCAUGGCCGCCAAGUAUUGAGAGUCGCCGCUCUCACCUCCUUUUUGCCAGACACAGCAAUCACUUUUAAAAGUCCAGUCGACGCUCGCUCUCUUGUCUCUCUGCUCUCCAGUGAUACCCUCUUUCGUUGCCCGUCCAUUGUUGUUCUUAAUUCCUUUAAUCCGUUCUUUCACACACCCACCACAAUGUCCAAGGAAAUCGAAGUCGACGUUCUCGUCAUUGGUGCUGGCCCGACUGGUCUCGGUGCCGCAAAGCGUCUUAACCAGAUCAACGACCAGUCAUGGAUGAUUGUCGACUCCAACGAGGUUCCCGGUGGUCUUGCCUCGACCGAUGUUACCCGUGAGGGCUUCCUCUACGAUGUCGGCGGCCACGUUAUCUUCUCCCACUACAAGUACUUCGACGACUGCAUCAACGAGGCUCUUCCCAACGAGACCGACUGGUACACCCACCAGAGAAUCUCCUACGUUCGCUGCAAGGAGCAAUGGGUCCCCUACCCAUUCCAGAACAACAUUUCCAUGCUUCCCAAGGAGGAGCAGGUCAAGUGCAUUGACGGCAUGAUUGACGCUGCCAUGGAGGCCAGAGUCGCCGGCACCAAGCCCAAGGACUUCGACGAGUGGAUCGUCAGAAUGAUGGGUGAGGGUAUUGCCGACCUCUUCAUGCGCCCCUACAACUACAAGGUCUGGGCCGUCCCCACCACCAAGAUGCAGUGCCAGUGGCUCGGUGAGCGUGUCGCCGCUCCUGAUCUCAAGACUGUCACCAAGAACGUCAUCUUGAACAAGACCGCCGGCAACUGGGGCCCCAACGCUACUUUCCGCUUCCCCGCCGAGGGUGGUACUGGUGGUAUCUGGAUCGCCGUCGCCAACACUCUCCCCAAGGAGAAGACCAUGUACGGUCCCCAUGCCACUGUCACCAAGGUCGACGCCGAUGCCCACAAGGUUUCGCUCAAGGAUGGCACCACCAUCAAGUACGGCAAGCUCAUCUCGACCAUGUCGGUCGACUUCCUCACUGAGGCUAUGGGCAACCACGACCUCCACCAGCUUUCCAAGGGUCUGUUCUACAGCAGCACCCACGUCAUUGGUGUCGGUAUCCGUGGCCAGCGCCCCGAGCGCAUUGGUGACAAGUGCUGGCUCUACUUCCCUGAGUCGGACUGCCCCUUCUACCGCGCCACCAUCUUCUCCAACUACUCUCCCCACAACCAGCCCGUUGCUACCAAGAAGCUCGCUACCAUGCAGCUUGCUGAUGGUUCCAAGCCUGAGAGCGAUGGCCUCAACGAGGGUCCUUACUGGAGCAUCAUGCUCGAGGUUUCCGAGUCUAGCAUGAAGCCCGUCGACUCCGAGAACCUCCUCAAGGACUGUAUCCAGGGUCUCGUCAACACCGAGAUGCUCCAGCCCAAGGACGAGAUCGUCUCAACCUACCACCGCAAGUUCGACCACGGUUACCCCACUCCCUCGCUCGAGCGUGAGGGUGUCCUCAAGGAGCUCCUCCCCAAGCUCAAGGACAUGGACAUCUACUCGCGUGGUCGCUUCGGUGCUUGGCGUUACGAGGUCGGCAACCAGGACCACUCUUUCAUGCAGGGUGUUGAGGCUGUUGACGCCAUUGUCAACGGCUCUGUCGAGCUUUCUCUGUUCUACCCCGACUUUGUCAACUCUCGCCAGAACGACGAGCGCAGACUGGUCGACGGUGCCCAGUACUUCAAGUCGAUGAAGGGUAUCCGCAGCAGCGAGAUCCCCUUCAAGCCCCAGCAGGCCUAAACAAGGAGCGAGAGAAAAACAUGUUUGAGAUACCCAUAAAGGUCCGAGGCUGAAAGUGAGCCAACAGACCACGGCGCAUGCAGGAGUUUCUGGAAGAGGACCGCUUGGGAAUGCUGUGCAUUUUUACCGAGCCACAUUUUGCAUGAAAGGAUUAAGAACAACGGAUGAUAGAAGUACAGAUACAGUCGCGAUUUCGCAUUAUAGUCAGCAUUGUGCUACCAAUAGCAAGUUUCGGUCGUUUCUACCCACACCUCCUUCCG